GAGUUCAGAGUAAAAACAAAACAAAAACAAAACGCCUGAAAUUGUUUAUGUCAUCAUCCUGUUGUCCAGAAGAGUGACCCAAAACAAUCUCUCCAUGCAGCUGUCUCCCUAACUAACCUCUGGUAGCACUCUGCCUGCAGAGGUGUGAUGAGUCUGCCGGGACAGACGCCCUCGCUGCACGUCAGUUACAUUUUCAGUUUGGGUCUUGGCACCCACAACCUCUGUCCAAAGGCACAAAGAAGCCCCCACCGUGGGACAGGGACGGGACAAGAAUGACACAAGCGAGACUCACAUGGUUGUCAUGCAGCUUGGAGGAGAGGAAAAUUACUGCCCUCCCAUGAUUUUAAUUAUUGAUCCCAUCACACCGCGAGCCUGUGGAGGGGGAGUGUGUGUGUAUAGAUGCAAUUCAUGACUGGAGACAAAAGAGGGUCCCGUGUUCCUGAAGAGCUUCACCUCUCACUCCUCUGGUGCCUUGUCACAACUUGUCUGAGGACUGAAGACAUUCUCACCACCAGAGACGACAAUCAGUCUCCAAAGGCCGUUUUUGUUUUGCCUGCCAAGGUUACCGAGCCCUCCUCCAGAGCGCCUCGACAAAUAGGCACCGGUUCCUGAAGUCCCCCGCAGCGGAUGGAUUUAAAAAACUGAAGGAACCCACAUGAUCGUCUCCAUUACGCGCAGAAUUGCGUAAUGUGAAAUUGGCACAGCGCAUCUCCAGGACUGCGGCUGCGUAAAAGUAGAGUUAGUGGGUGUGAAAAGCCGCUGGCGCAUCCGCAGCAGCUGAAACGUUUCAAAUGAUUGAUUAGUGGAGAUUCCCUCGAGUUAAAAAUAACUUGUUUCUUCCUUUGCUGCAUAAACCCGACAGUCUGAUGGUUGAUGCGACGGCACCUUUUAACCCGAACCCUUGAGCGAGAUGGGAACGAAGUGGGCGUCAGGUGCGUUUCGUUUCAGACGUGACUUGUGAGGGUUGGAUCAGACCUCCAGGAAUCCGAGAGCCUGUUGUUUUUCAGUACCAUGGACAGCUCCUGGCGCGCGGCUCAGCUGCUCCAACUUCUCCUCCUCCCGCUCAUUCAUCUAUGAGCUCCACGCUUGUUUCAGACUAAAACACACAACGGCUGAGAGGGACAUGCGUUCGGUUCGCACUGAGAAUUUACUGCUCCACAGCACCGGAACCGGAGGAACCCUGCACAGGCUGUAAUCUACAAACGCUCAGAAGAGGAGAGGGAUGAAGAGCACGGAGACGAUGCUGUACAUGGCCUCAGUCAGAAUAAAAACACUGGAGCUCUGAGGUUUGCUGGAGCCGCUCCUUUGUUUGUGUGCUGCUGUCGUCAUCCGAACCGAGCACGAUCUACAGGCGGGACAGUUAGUUUUUGGCUCAGGGAUAUGUCACUGGGGAAGUCCCCCGCUUUGGGGGUACGCCCUGCGCCCCGACCCCUCUGGCUAUCCCACCUCGGCCUGCUAUGCUUGAGCGUGUCUCUGUUCGCCCAGGCUCCCCUGGGUUUGCCUGCGGUGCCCUACAACACAGACUCAAAGAGAGAGAUCACCCUGGAGGGAGACUUGAUGAUUGGCGGCCUGUUCCCCGUGCACCAAAAGGGUGAGGGGAUAGAAGACUGUGGGAAGAUCAACUCUCAGAGGGGCAUCCAGAGACUGGAAGCCAUGUUGUUGGCUUUAGAUGAAAUCAACAAAGAUGAGCGAAUCCUUCCUGGGAUCACACUGGGAGCCCACAUACUGGACACCUGCUCCAAGGACACUUACGCUCUGGAGCAGUCUCUGGAGUUCGUCAGAGCGUCCCUCACUAAAGUGGACGACAGCGAGUACACCUGUCCUGAUGGGUCCUACGCCAUUCACGAUGAGGUCCCUCUGGCUAUCUCUGGGGUCAUAGGCGGUUCUUACAGCGAUGUCUCCAUCCAGGUGGCGAACCUGCUGCGGCUUUUCCAAAUCCCUCAGAUCAGCUACGCGUCUACGAGUGCUAAACUAAGUGACAAGACUCGCUAUGACUACUUUGCCCGGACGGUGCCCCCUGACUUCUAUCAGGCCAAGGCCAUGGCAGAAAUCCUGCGAUACUUUAACUGGACCUACGUAUCAACGGUCGCCUCGGAAGGCGACUACGGUGAAACUGGUAUUGACGCCUUUCAGCAGGAGGCUCGUGCCCGUCAGAUCUGCAUUGCCACUUCAGCCAAGGUGAGCCGUUCGAUGAGCCGUUCAAUGAGUUACGAGAACGUGAUCCGCUCCCUUCAGCAGAAAUCCAACGCCAAGGUGGUGGUCUUGUUCACACGCAGCGAAGACGCCAGAGAGCUGCUGGUGGCAGCCAACCGCAUGAACGUCUCCUUCACCUGGGUGGCCAGUGAUGGCUGGGGAGCGCAGGAGAGCGUGGUGAGGGGAAGCGAAUCGGUGGCCAACGGGGCUUUCACUAUUGAACUCGCUUCUUAUGAAAUCCCUCAGUUUAAUGAUUACUUCACCGUGCUGCAUCCGUACAACAACACCCGGAAUCCCUGGUUCAGAGAAUUUUGGGAAAACCAGUUCCAGUGCAGUCUCCAUGACCUGGGCUGUGGAAAGCACUCCCUCCGUGAAGCUCCAUUCCAACCAGAAUCAAAGAUCAUGUUUGUGGUGAAUGCUGUUUACGCUAUGGCUAAUGCCUUGCACAACAUGAGACAGGCCUUGUGCCCCAACUCCACCAAGGUGUGCGAGGCUCUGAUGCCUGGCAACGGCCGCAAGUUUUACAGGGACUACAUCCUCAAAGUCAAGUUUGAUGCACCCUUUCGACCCCCAGACACAGAGAAUGUCGUCCGUUUUGAUGCCUUUGGGGACAGCGUUGGCCGCUACAACAUUUUCCACUACCACAAAGAGGGUGAACGCUAUGUCUACCGCAGUGUGGGCUACUGGGCUCAAGGCCUGACCCUAAACACCAGCCUGAUCCCCUGGGCUGGCCAAGUUGUGCCUACCUCUCAAUGUAGUGACCCCUGUAGGAAGAAUGAGGUGAAGAGUAUGCAGCCAGGAGAUGUGUGCUGCUGGAUCUGCAUCCCGUGUCAGCCCUACCAGUACCUGCACGACGAGUUCACCUGUGCUGACUGCAGCUUUGGACAGUGGCCCCUGGCUAAUCUUACAGGCUGUUACGACCUGCCUGAGGAGUACAUCCACUGGGAGGACGCCUGGGCUAUUGGGCCUGUCACCAUUUCCUGUCUAGGAAUGAUGAGCACACUAUUCGUCAUCGGCCUCUUCCUGAAACACAAUCAGACACCUGUAGUAAAGGCCAGUGGACGGGAGCUCUCCUACAUUCUUCUGCUGGGGGUGCUGAUGUGCUACAGCAUGACAUUCAUCUACAUUGCCAAGCCUUCCACAGCAGUAUGCACACUGCGUCGGUUAGGCUUAGGUACCUCGUUUGCUGUGUGCUACUCAGCUCUCCUCACCAAGACCAAUCGCAUCGCAAGGAUUUUCAGUGGCGUGAAGGAUGGAGCCCAGAGGCCUCGGUUUAUCAGUCCUGCAUCUCAGGUUGCUAUUUGUGGUGCUCUGAUCUCCUGCCAGCUAGUAGUUGUGGUGGUCUGGAUGUUGGUAGAGGCUCCAGGCGUGAGAAAAGAAGUGAGUCCGGAGAAGAGAGAUGUGGUCACCCUGAAGUGUAACAGCAAGGACUCCAGCAUGCUCAUGUCUCUCACCUACAACUGCAUACUCAUUAUUCUCUGCACAGUCUACGCCUUCAAGACCCGCAAAUGCCCGGAGAACUUCAACGAGGCUAAGUUCAUUGGGUUUACCAUGUAUACCACCUGCAUCAUUUGGCUGGCUUUCCAACCCAUUUUCUACGUUACUGCCAGUGACUACAGGGUGCAGACUACCACCAUGUGCAUCUCUGUCAGUCUCAGCGGGUCAGUGGUGCUGGGUUGCCUCUUUGCUCCAAAAAUCCACAUCAUUCUGUUCCAGCCACAGAAGAAUGUCUGCACCCUCAGAGUGGCCACCACCCGCUUCAGCGUCAAUACCGGCCCGGCCUCCAGCUUUUCUCAAGCAUCAGCUUCCAACGUUGUUCCAACUGUUUGUAACGGCCGAGAGGUGGUGGACUCCACAACAUCCUCCUUGUGAACGAUCAGCUGGGCUCUUCUUUUAGUUGUAAACAGAGUAAUAUAAUCACUAGUCCUUAAACCGCGUCUCAGAUCAGCAGGAGGUCACACAGACGAUCGUCCUGACUUUGUUGUUCUCAGAGUGCUGUGAGUACAAUGUCCCGAUAAAGUUACUUUGUUCUUUGCCUCGUAGCAUUUUAUAAACGAGAUGCCGAUAAAAUCGAAUAUAGCCCAUGUUUUUGAAGAUUCUACUUGCAACAAUUGAGUAAAUUAUGGUAAUUCUGUUCAAUGUAAUAUAUACAAGAUGUUUUUAAUGUAGACUCUUGGUGAACCAGUUUGUGCUUUCUUGUAAUUUAUGUAAAUAAAAUGUGUUUUUUAUAAAUAUUAAAAAGACUUUGCUUA